GUCGUGUAAUUGAUUGAUUAAAUUUCUUUUAAUCAUUUUGGUGAAAUUUUUUUAUUAAAGUUGAUCGUUUAUAGUUAGUAAAGAGAAAAUUAGCAAAACAAUGGGUUUAUUGGGAGGACGCAACAUAUCGCUGGCAUUUUUUGUAUGCAUAGCAUUUGUAUUAAUUGGCAGCAUUAAUGUGGAGGCCGAAAAAGAAAUACCGACAACAAAGUUUGGACAAAAUGUAGGGGGACCCACAAUGACUUUCUCAUAUUGUUAUUCCUGUGGCUAUCGCAAGGCUUUUGAAGAUUAUGUUAAUAUAUUGUCGGAGAAAUAUCCACAAAUAACAGUUACAGGUGGCAAUUAUGAUCCACCCGGCAUGAAUAUGUAUUUUUCGAAAAUCAUAUUUGCUGUGAAAAUUUUACUCAUUGUUGUGAUAGUAUCGUCGUUUGAUAUAUUUGGAGCUAUAGGCCAAGCUACACCCAGCUGGUGGCGUCAUUUACUGGACAAUAAGUUGUAUGCCUGCAUGAUGAUAUUCUUCGUGGGCAACAUGUUGGAGGGUCAGUUGGUUUCUUCGGGUGCCUUUGAAAUAUCGUUAAAUGAUGUGCCCGUUUGGUCUAAAAUACAAACUGGUCGCAUACCCGCUCCCCAAGAGCUUUUCCAAAUCAUUGACAAUCAACUGCAAUUUGGCGAUAAAAUACAAGAAAAUCCCGAAUUCGUUAAAUAAUAAUUAACAAAUUACGCCACCAAAACAACUGCACAUUUGCAACAACUUUUAAGACUAUUUCAAAUUAUCAAAAUACCUACAUAUUUUGUUUAUUUUAGAAUUAUGUUGGAAAUAAUAUACUUUGUAACCCCCCCUUCCUAGUCUCUGCAUUAAUGGAAGUUUUAUAUAACGUAUGUAAAGUUAAAAAUAUUUGUGUCUUUUAUUAGUUUUUCUUUUUAUUUCUUAUAAUCAACCACAUUAAUGUUGUUCCUCGUAAUUGUAACUUAAAACGAAUUAAAAAAAUAAACCCCUCCCUUCACCUUUUUGUAAAAUAUAGUUAAAACAAUGGAUUAAGUUUAAUAA